UGUGUUUUUUCACUCGGUUUUCUGAUUUCCAAAUCUUACCUUAAGCAUUUAAAACUACACCCUAGCAUCACCUUUUUGAAUUUCUUAAAACGUGACACUCUAGUCCGGACAUAGAAGUGCAGCCCCGAGGCAGUACAGGCAGAUGCGAACCUGGGACGCAGCUCUCGGGUGCGGAGCCCGUUGUUUUGUGUUGAAAUAGAAGCAGUCCCACUUCAGUGCUCAGCGUUGAAGACUGAAGCUGGGCGGCUUGCCCGGGCCCUGCGGGCAGCGUCGCUGGAGGAGGGACGGACCCUCCCGCUGCCGCGCCGGGGAAGCACCCGGGGAGCGGAGCCGGGAGCACCGCCCCAGCGCUGCCGCCUUCUCUACAGGAGAGGACCGGGAGAGAAGGGGAGGCGGGUGACGGCUGCUGCAGCCCAGGGUAUCGCUGCUGUCGCGGCGGCGGCCUGAGCCUGACCGGCAUGGCCCAGCGACAGCCGGCCACCACAGGGGACCCCGAGGCGGCGGAGCCCGGGGCUGGGGACACCGGCCCGGAGCUGGCAGCGGGGAACGGCCCCGUGCAGAUCCGAGUGUCAGUCCUGGCGGCCGGAGAGGAGGAAGAGGAGGAGGAAGAAGGGGAGGACGGCAGCGAGUCGUGCCCGGCGGCGCGGGGCGGCGGCAGCUGCAGCGAGGAGGACUCGGGGCUGUGCGGACGCUCCAGUGGUGGGGAGAAUGAUGAUGACUCUGACCAGAACUGGAAACCACCAGAAAACAGCCUGAUCCAGAAGUUAAUAGCACAGAUUGAAUAUUACUUCUCAGAUGAGAACCUUGAGAAAGAUGCCUUCCUUCUAAAGCAUGUCAGAAGAAAUAAGAUGGGCUAUGUCAGUGUUAAACUCCUCACUUCUUUUAAGAAAGUGAAACACCUUACCCAUGACUGGAGAACCACAGCCUACGCACUGAAGUACUCGGACUCUCUUGAGCUCAAUGAUGAUAACAAAAAGGUUAGAAGAAAUACUCCAGUUCCAGUGUUUCCAAGCGAAAACCUCCCUACCAGGAUGUUACUGGUGUAUGAUAUCCACAUGGUUUCUGAACUGCAGGCUCUUAAACAAGAAAAUGGAUUCAUGCAAGAAAGGAUAAUGGAGUAUCUCCUCAAGGCCUUUGUAACUUUUGGUGUAAUUUCAUCAGUUCGUAUUCUCAAGCCUGGUAAGGACCUACCACCCGAUAUCAGGAGGGUCAGCACUCGGUACACCCAACUGGGAACUCAGGAGUGUGCAAUUAUAGAGUUUGAAGAAGUAGAUGCUGCUGUACGUGCUCACGACUUUAUGUGUGCUGAGAAGAAAGAGACCGGCAUGAAAGUUGCCCUAAUAGGCAUGAAACCUCCAAAGAAAAAAGUUCCCAAAGACAAGAACCGUGGUGAAGGUACCAGAAAGGGUCUUAAGAAGGUUAAAUCCCUUAAUAAGAGAGUUGAGGAACUUCAGAUAGUUGGUGAUGAAUCUUCAGCAAACAGCUCUUCUGACCCAGACAGUAAUCCUACAUCACCACUGUCAGGACGCAAAAGUACUGCAACAAAUACUACACGUAAUUUGAGCCCAGUCAUUCACCCAAAUGACCGUUUGAGCCCUAACAUGUCACCCAGAACAAGUCCUUGGAACAGUCCAUCUUCAUUAAGAAAAGUAACCAAAAAGUCUCCUCUGGCUGAAGACCGCAAGCUUAACCCAAGCACUAGCCCUGAAAUUCCAAGGAAGUGUACAGAUUAUUCCUCAGAUAGCAGUAUCACUCCUUCUGGUAGCCCCUGGGCACAGAGAAGAAAAGCUCAAACUCUUUCACAAGAGAAGAGUCCCAUCACUAGCCCCAUAUUGGUUCAGAAAAUACAAAAAGCAGAUGGUCUACCUGUAGGGGUGCUGCGGCUGCCUAAAGGCCCUGAUGGCACUAAAGGAUUCCACAACGGAUGUGAAAGAAGGAAGGCUACGAAGGAAGCGUAAAUUAUUCUUUAGAAAUGAUCUUACAAGUCAGGCAACUGCUUUUGUUCAAGCCUGGUUAAGAACUGUCAUUUGAAUGACUGAAAUAAGUCAGUAUUUAACUGUAACAGAUUCUGUAUUCAUACAGAGACUUAAUCAUUUGUAUAUUUGUAUAUUCAUUUCACAGAAUCCCAGAAUAGUUGAAGUUGGAAGGCACCUCUGGAGAUGAAAUCCAGUCCACCUCCUUUGCUCAAGCAGGGUCCACAACAGGUCACUUACUUAGGAUUUUGAAUAUCUGCAAGGAUAGAAACUCCCCAGCCUGUUUGGACAGUGUGUGCCUAUGUUCAACCAUCCACACAGUAAAAAAGUGCUCUGUUCA